AUGCCGAGUCCCAAGCCGAACAGAACGUUCUUGUACGUGACCACUUGCAUUGCCAACCUGGCCUCGUUCAUAUGCGGCACGAGCCUGGGCUGGUCGUCGCCCGAACUAUCCCUCCUGCGCGACGCCUCGACCAGCCCGCUCGGUCGCAACAUCACCGGCUCGGAGGAGAGCUGGAUCGGCUCGUUUCUCCCUCUAGCCGCCGCCAUCGGCCCCAUCGGCGGCGGCAUCCUCGCCGAUCUCAUCGGCAGGAAGAGCACCCUGCUCUUGGCCACGGCCCCCUUCAUCGUCGCCUACGUUCUCAACGUGCUCGCCGCCUCCGUUGGCUUCUUCUACGCGGGGCGGUUCCUCUGCGGCUUGGGCGUCGGCGUCAUCUUCACGGCGUUGCCGAUGUACGUGGGGGAAGUGGCCGACGACGAGUGCAGAGGCGCCUUGGGGUCCUUCAUGCAGCUGUUUAUCGUGAUCGGUUUGUUGUUUUCGUACGCGUUGGGACCUUUUAUAUCGAUAUUUCUCUUCAAUAUUUUGCUGUUGAUACCGCCCGUGUUGUUCGUCGCGUUGUUCUUCUUCCUCAUACCGGAGAGUCCGUAUUAUCUGUUGCAAUCCGGCAGGUUUCAGGAAGCGCUGGUGGCUAGUUUGAAAUUGCGCGGCAUGGAAAAAUCGAUCGUAGCCAAAGAGCUGGAGGUGAUGAAAGUCCAAGUGGAGCAAGAGCAGAAAAUCAAAGGUAACAUACUCGAUAUAUUCAAAACGAAAGGUCUCCGUACCGCUCUGAUUAUAUCGAUCGGUUUGGUGGCGUGGCAACAACUCUCCGGCAUCAACAUCGUGUUGUUCUUCGCCCAAACGAUCUUCACCGACGCCGGCGUGUCCCUCGCUCCGGCCCUGUGCACCAUCAUCAUCGGCGUCGUUCAAGUCAUAGCCAGCGCCUGUACACCACUGUUGGUCGAACGUCGAGGCAAGCGCUUCCUGUUGAUCCUCUCCGCCUUGGGAAUGGCCGUCGCCCAAGCCGUCCUCGCCUAUUACUUCUUCGUCAAGGACCAACAACACCGGGACACCUCCUCCAUCGGCUGGCUGCCGAUCGUCAGCCUCAUCGCCUACAUCGUCGCCUAUUGCUUGGGCUUCGGGCCGUUGCCGUGGGCCGUAAUGGGCGAAUUGUUUCCCGGCAACGUCAAGUCGAUCGCCUCGUCGGCGACGGCGUCCGUUUGCUGGUUGCUCGGCUUCCUGGUGACGAAUUACUUCGACGCGCUGACGUCGGUGGCGGGGAAAUCGGGCUCGUUCGGGUUGUUUACGGUUUGUUGUCUGAUGGCCGGCGUGUUCGUGUACGUUUGCGUGCCGGAGACGACGGGGAAGAACGUCCACGAGAUCCAGUACAUAUUGGAAGGGUUGGGAAGAGACGGGUCCUUCGAGAUGUAA